AAAUAUAAAGCUAAUUUUACUGGUAUUGUUUUCUCUAAAUAUAAAGAUCCAGUGACGAAUGAAUUUGUUCUAGAAGGAGGAGCCCUGGUGUUCGCAGAUAUGGGCAUUUGCGCCAUUGAUGAGUUUGACAAAAUGGACGAAUCAGACCGUACUUCUAUACACGAAGUCAUGGAGCAGCAAACUGUUAGCAAUGCUAAAGCUGGUAUCACUACAUCUUUAAAUGCAAGGACUGCUGUUCUUGCCGCUGCUAAUCCUGCUUGCGGAGCCCAGUUGAAAGAAUGCUUAGAGGAAUAUGCAGCCUUGAAUGUGUGGCAGAUUCAUCCAAAUACGUUCGACAUCCGUUUUGAGUUCUUAGAUACGCUCACUUUUUUAAGUGUCUUUGGCUAUGUUCUACUGUGCUUUUGUGGUUCUCAUUCUGGUACUGAAUUGAAACAGAAUCGUACGAGUAUUGGUGUGGCUACUUCAUGCUUUAUUUUCUGCAAUGAUGUUAUUUGUUAA